CCAAAGGACUUGACCGGUGUCCAUUCAUACUCAAUCUAUAAGAAGAAUAUUGUUUGCAUUCGUUUACAGUUCGUACUUCUUGAAUUUAGUCGUUUACAGUUCGUGCUUCUUGAAUUUAUACGGAUCCAAACGUCCAUGUAAGUGCUUCUUGAAUCCAAUACUUCUCAUUCUGUUUCAAUUUUUAUAUGUAUGCAUCAUUAAUUCAGACUUGAUAUGUGAUGACAAACUAGUUCCACUAAUUUCUGCACUAACUUGCUUGCUUGCUUCAAUUUGGACUGGUUGGGAUUUAAGCGGAAUCAGAGACUUGCUUGCUAUCGAAGUUGAAGAAUUAACUUCGCUAGUGCUUUCAUAGUGUUCUGAGACAAGAAUUAACUUUCAUUUUUAAGCGCUCUCAUACAAUAAAGCUAUGGGAGAGGCUGCACUUGGGGCAUUCCUUCCGGUGCUGCUUGACAAGUUAGCGCAUCGAGAGGUCUUUCAGUACUUCGGACGCCUUAAGGGGGUCGGCAAAAAGGUACUGGAGAAAUGGACUAGAAUGUUGACUGCAAUUGAAGCGGUGCUGAGUGAUGCGGAGGAGAAGCAACUAACACAAAAAGGAGUGAAAAUGUGGCUAGAUGAUCUCAGAGAUUUGGCUUAUGAUAUUGAAGACAUAUUGGACAUAGUUGCUACUAAAAUGCUGAAGCGAAGGAUAGAAAGACAUCAAGGAAGCAGACGCAAGUUGUGGAUCAGCUCACUUUCUAAACUUAAAUUCAAUUUUAGUUUGAACUCAGAGAUCCAGAAGAUUACUGAUCGGCUAGAAGAGAUAUCUAAUAGAGAAAAACAGUUUGGAUUGAAGAAACUAGGAGUGUCUAAAAAGCCAUGGAAAAUGCCACCCACUACAUCUCAACUAGAUGGACCUGUGAUCGGAAGGGAUGAAGCAAAAGCAACAAUUCUUGAUGAUUUGCUCUCAAAAGGCGAACAAAGUACCAACAAUUUUCAGAAUUUUCACGUGGUUUCCAUUGUUGGUACGGCUGGACUAGGGAAGACAACACUUGCCAAACAUGUAUUCAACGAUGCUGUAACAGAACAGUUUUACCCAAAGGGAUGGGUGUCUGUGUCCGAUGACUUCGACCUUCUAAGGGUGACAACUGCAGUUCUUGAAUCUGUCACGUCAGGUGAUGUGAAGAAAUCCAAAGAGCUCAACUCAGUUCAGGAGAAGUUGAGUAAGGAAUUGGCUGGCAGAAAGUUUUUAAUUGUUCUAGAUGAUGUCUGGAAUACAUGCAACUAUGAUCAAUGGACAACAUUGCAGUCCGCGUUUCGUGUUGGAGCAGUAGGAAGCAAGAUCAUAGUGACGACACGUGAUGCGAAUGUUGCAAAGAUGAUGGGAGACACUGAACCUCAUAACUUGGAGUCGAUGUCAGAAGAUGAUUGUUGGAAAAUCUUUGUCAACCAUGCACUCUUAAACAACAGACCCCAAGAUGUUGAGUUAUUUAAGGAGAAAAUUGUAGUAAAAUGCAAUGGAUUGCCGUUGGCUGCAAGGACUCUUGGAGGUCUUUUACGUUGUAAAAGAGCAGACGAGUGGGAAGAAAUAUUAGACCACAAGAUGUGGAAUCUAUCCGACCAGAUGGGCAUCCUUCCAGCAUUACAAUUGAGCUAUCAUUAUCUCCAUUCGAAUUUGAAACGCUGCUUCACCUACUGUGCAAUACUUCCAAAUGAUUACGAAUUUGGGGAGAUGCAAAUGAUCCUAUUGUGGAUGGCAGAGGGUUUGAUUCCGCAACAACUAAAAGAAAAUAAAGAAAUGGAAGAUUUGGGUCGUCAUUAUUUUCAAGAGUUGGUGUCUAGGUCAUUAUUUCAAAAAUCAAGCAAAGAAAAGUCGCGAUACAUAAUGCAUGAUCUCGUUACUGAUUUGGCACGCUGGGCUGCAGGAAAUUCAUGUUCUAGAUUGGAGGAUAUGCAGAAUUAUGACUCGCAACUUAGAUGUUUGCCCAAGGUUCGUCAUUCAUCUUACAUUUGUGGUGACUUUGAUGGGGUCAAAAAGUUUGAGGUCUAUUAUGAAGAUAGAUGUUUGCGGACGUUCUUACCACUUUCACUUUCAGAUUAUAAUUUUUUGGCUCAUAAGGUUACUUCUGAUUUAUUGCCCAAACUCCAAUACUUAAGAGUACUUUCUCUGUUUGGAUAUCAAAUAGAAGAGCUGCCAAAUACAAUUGGUAAAUUGAAGCAUCUACGGUAUCUUGAUCUUUCUCACACUCAGAUAAGAAGUUUGCCAGAUUCAACAACCACUCUUUACAACUUGCAGACAUUGAUAUUGGACAAUUGUAAGCGAUUGGAAGCGCUACCCCCAAGCAUGAGGAAUCUGGUAAAUUUGCGUCAUCUCAUCAAUUCAGGUACUUAUUCAUUGGAAGAAAUGCCUCCUCAACUUAGUCGAUUGAUUAAUCUCCAAACAUUGCCUAAUUUUAUUAUUGGCAAAGGUAGUGGAUCAGGAGUAAGAGAGAUUGGGUCAUUGUUGCAUCUGCAAGGGACAUUGCACCUUUCAAGACUAGAGAAUGUGAUUUGUGUCGAGGAUGCUAGGAGUGCCAAAUUAAAGAGCAAGGAGAGGCUUGAAGCCCUGUUACUUGAAUGGUCUUCUUCAAGUGCCUCAACAGAAAUUGCAACAGUUGUGCUUGGCAUGUUAGAACCACAUAGCAAGCUCAAAGAGCUCACCAUCCAAGGUUAUGCUGGAUUGAAAUUUUCAACAUGGAUUGGAGAUCCUUCAUUUUCUAAUAUGGUGCGUGUAAAGUUAGAUGAUUGUGAUCAUUGUCGAUUCUUGCCACCAUUUGGACAAUUGCCUUCUCUCAAAGAACUUUAUAUACAAAGAAUGGAUGCAGUGGAAAGUGUUGGUCUUGAGUUUUAUGGAGAAGGUAGCGUGCCAUUUCAAGCUUUAGAGAUCCUUGAAUUUCAACAUCUGAAUAACUGGAAGAAGUGGUCUUCUUGCCAACAAAAUGAGGGGGUUGGGGUUUUUUCUUGCCUGAAAAAUCUUUCCAUCGAAUGGUGCCCCAAAUUGGAGGUUAGUCUACCGGAGAAGCUUGAUUCAUUAGCACAGCUACAUAUAUGUGGAUGUAAGGAAUUGGUGGUUUCAAUAUCCAAAUAUAAACAGCUUCAUGAAUCAAACAUCAAAUAUUGCAAGAUGGUGGUUUACGACACAAGUACGGUUCAGUUUGAAUUACUAGAAUCCUUGUGUUUUUCAAAAAUUUCAAAGUUGAGAUUCCAAACAGAGACGUUCGUGAAAAGCUUGAAAAAUGUUAAAGAGUUGAAGAUUAGUGGUUGUGAGGAGCUAACAUAUUCCUUUCAGAAUGAGGAUAGAUUACUGCAACACCUAAUUUCUCUUGGUCGUUUGUAUAUUGAAGACAACUCUGGCCUUGUUGAAAAGCUAGGGAAAGAAGCAGAGCAGUUGGUGCAGUUGCAGAUACUGGACUGCAAGCUUGAACGUCUGGAAUUAAGCAAGUGUGGAAGCCUUUUGAAGGUACCAGAAGGAUUGCAUAACCUUACAUCUCUUCAAAAGCUUUGUAUAAAUCAAUGUUCAAGUCUUGCUUCUUUUCCGGAUGUUGGUCUGCCACCCUGUCUUAAAGUCAUAGAGAUUCGGAAAUGCGAUUCUCUGUUGCACUUUGCAAAAUACCAGAUUCCUCCAAGCCUAAGAAGAAUAGAGAUUCAGAAAUGUGAGAAUUUGAAAUCAUUGAUAGAGAAAGAGGAGGUGGUGGUGGAUGGUUCUUGCUCGUCUUAUUGUCUCGAGUAUUUGGAGAUAACGAUGUGUCCAUCUCUGCUGUUCUUAUUAUGCAAAAGCCAAUUACCCAAGGCUCUUAAAGAGCUUAUGAUAUGGGAUUGUAGACAGCUGGAGUUAAUAACUGAGAGGUUCCUCGAUGACACCUAUCAACUCGAAGAACUUGGCAUCAUGCACUGCCCAAACCUUAAAUCCUUACCCGAGGGACUGUGCCACCUCACCAAUCUUCAGACAUUUUAUAUUGUGGAUUGUCAGAGUCUUGUUUGGUUUCCGAGAAUGAGUGUGUGGCCAAGAGAGACGACUAUCGAAUCUUGUGAGAAAUUGGAGGUGGCACACUUGCUGAGAGACAUGAUGCACUCUAAUAAUCUUGGGCAUUUGGGGAUUGAAUACUGUGAAGGUUUGACUACUACUUUCUUUCCCGCCAACCUAACAUCACUUCAAAUUCAGAAGAUCAAGAAUUGUAAGGCGCUGAUGGAAUAUCAAGGGUUGCACAGACUCACCUCUUUGAGGAAUUUGUGGAUCUAUGGUGAAGAUGAUCCAGGUCUGGUGUCGUUUCCACCUGCUAAGAAUUCGAAGGAGAAGGAGAUGCUGCUCCCCAGAUCUCUUGUUGAAUUGGCAAUUCUAAACUUCCCAAAUCUAAAGAAACUGAACAAGGGCUUUCAAUUCCUCACCUCUCUUGAAUGUCUUCGCAUCUGCAACUGUCCGAAGCUUAAAAUCAUUCCAGAGGAGGGCCUGCCUCUUUCACUUACUCAACUUGAUAUUCAUGAGUGUCCUCUACUUGAAGAGAGAUGCAAAGGACGAUACCGGCCCAAGAUAGCACACAUCCCUUGCGUACAAAUUUGGCCGCCCCUCAAUCCAGCCCUUUCCAGGUACUUGUAAUUUCAGACAACAUCCAUAUUGAUCCUAAUGUUAUACAUAUGCACCAAAUUCAGUAAAGCGAGGGAAAAUAAUAACCUGUUGAAGCACUCUUACUCCUGUUAAUCAAGCCACUGAAGUUUUGCUUAUGCUGGAAACUGUUGAGAACAUCCCUUUCCACUUGCUGAGAAGGAGAAUGAGAUAAGAGACGAUUUAGAUCUCACCAGUUUCUGCUUGUGAUGGAAACUGUUGAGCACAUCUUUUUCCACCUACAGAUAUAAGAGACAACUCAAAUGGUGUCAUUUGGAUAGCAGCUGUAACUGCUAAAAAUAAGAAUAUCUUAUCAUCAAUAUUUGCUUCAUAGUACCAAGAGUCCAAGACUAUAGUAUUUGGACUCUCAAAUUUCCAGGAGGUUUGUCAUUCACUGAUUCUAGUUUUGUAUCCAUGGAAACAAUAUCAGCUCUAUUGUGGCGUGUCAAAGAAACUUGGUUUUCAAAUGCAAUACAAUUUCUUAGUUCUGUAUCUUGCUGGACAACUUGUCAUUUAUAAUGUUCUGAUUUUCAGAGCGUUUCAUAUCCUCAAUCCUGGAUUU